AUGGGCCAGACUUCGAUUUAUGUCGACAUGAACCCCAAGAUGACAAUCACCUUCCAAGGUGAGCGCGACGUCGAUGUCGUUCAAGGGAUGUCUGAAAAUUCCUUUCGUGCAAGUGUUUUUCUGUGUGCCUCCGCUACCGGUGUUAAGUUGCCUCCUUUCAUCGAAUUUGCCGGGGUGCAAGGGUGCAAGGUCGAAGCGGAGGUGCAUAUGAAUACUUUUCACAAGGAUGAGAAGGUUGUAUUAGCAGUGCAGAAGACCGCAUAUUGCGACGAGCGAGUCAUGUUGGAAUGGAUCAAGGAGCCGUCUGUCACCUUUUGUCGCGUGCAACGGUUGGAUAGUCUAAAAGCGCGCAAGGUGAGCACCGUGCGUGCUCAGGUUGAAGAUGCCAUGAAGGACGAGGAGUUAGUCCCACCUGGUGCCACUACGCUGUCAGCGUGUGUGUCGUAA